AUGAGUACUAUAGGACUAGACGUUAGUACUUUAGGACUCGACUCUGGUACUUUAGAACUCGACUCUAGUACUUUAGAACUCGACUCUAGUACUUUAGGACUUGACUCUAGUAUUUUAGGACUCGACUCUAGUCCUUUAGGACUCGACUCUAGUACUUUAGAACCCGACUCUAGUACUUUAGGACUUGACUCUAGUACUUUAGGACUCGACUCUGGUACUUUAGGACUCGACUCUAGUACUAUAGGACUCGACUUUAGUACUUUAGGACUCGACUCUAGUACUUUAGAACUCGGCGUUAGUCUUUUAGGACUCGACUCUAGUACUUUAGGACCCGACUCUAGACUCGACUCUAGUACUUUAGGACCCGACUCUAGUACUUUAGGACUUGACUCUAGUACUUUAGGACUUGACUCUAGUACUUUAGGACUCGACUCUAGUACUUUAGAACUCGACUCUAGUACUAUAGGACUCGACUUUAGUACUUUAGGACUCGACUCUAGUACUUUAGAACUCGGCGUUAGUCCUUUAGGACUCGACUCUAGUACUUUAGGACCCGACUCUAGUACUUAA